AUGCCUUCCGCUCCAACUCCAGGCUCGUCAGGUGCAGCAGAGACCCAUGCAUUGCUGCUCCCCGAUGUCAUCUUCGAGUUCGUUUUAUACCUCGAUUUCCACACUCUCCUGCGCUGCCAGCGCGUCUGCCACACCUGGAAAUCAGUAAUUGAUCGCUCCCGCGAAGCCAGGCAGACGCUGUUUCUAGAGGCCUCCAACUCAACAUUCGCCGCCUUCAAAGCCGCAGAAGAGCACGGCAUCACAGCCAGGCUACCUCCAGCCUUCCAGCCAGCCCAGCAACGCAUCCCCCUGCGCCCUGAAUUCCGUGCACUCUUCAACCCAUGGAUCUACAUGCACGGCUGUGAACCCAUCUGUUCCAGCUUUGACGGACUCGAGGAUCCUUGGAGGAGGAGACAGCCGCCCAUUUGGCGAUUCACAGACCGCGUAUCAUCUGGCCGCUUGGACUUCUGCUUUACGCCCGCCGAGCUUGUCAGCGUAGUUGAUCAGACUGGAGCCAGUUGGGACAGGAUGUUCCUCACACAACCGCCAGUCAGGAGAGUACUGAUCACGGUUCAAGGAGGCUAUAUGCCAGCCGAAUACUUUGACCUGGAGAAAGACAGAGGAGUGAAAAUCGGCGAUGUAGUGUCGUGGUUGCGGGAUACGAAGGCUGUGAAGGUUAUGAGGGAAAGGAAGGGAGACACGAAUUUCACCACCGUUGAUUUGAAGUUUGAUGAGCAUUUCACCGGGGUUAGAUUUAUGCCGCUGCCACAAUUGGUGACAGGCCAAUUUGGAGAUGCUGAUGCUGUGCCAAGCUGA